AUGCUUACCAAGCCUCGCCCAAUCAUGCUGCUCGUCACAGGAGCUCUCAUGAGCCUCCUUCCCACUGCGCAAGCAUACUGGAUCCUCGGCUGUGGCCGCCCAGUUGUCACUGAGCGUCUUGACCCAAUCAUGCAGCCCGGCCAAGUGCCCUCGUCACACGUUCAUGCUGUCAUGGGAGGCAAUGCCUUCAGCGCUGACAUGCCCACCACCGAGAACCGCACUCAGGAGUCAAACUGCACAACCUGUGUUGUCACCGAGGACUUGUCCAACUAUUGGGUUCCCAACUUGUACUUUCAAGAUCCCAAGAAUCACAGCUUCAUAUCCGUCAAGAAUGCUGGUGGCAUGAACAUCUACUAUGAACAGCGCAUUGACCCGCAAGAUCCCCAGUACUCCUCCGGCAUCCAGGCCUUCCCCCGGGGCUUUCGCAUGGUCGCCGGCGAUCCCUACCAGCGCAACAUCUCCGACCCUCCAACCCUCGAGCAGCGGGCCAUAUCUUUCGCCUGCUUGUCUUCUACCUCUGGACCCCAGACCAACGACCUACCAGACAAGAAGUGCAAUAACGGCCUGCGGGUGCAGGUGUCGUUCCCGUCAUGCUGGGACGGCAAGAACCUUGACUCGCCCGACCACAAGAGCCACAUGGCGUAUCCUUCCCUCAUGGACAACGGCAUCUGCCCAGAUAGCCACCCCAUCCGCCUGAUGUAUCUCUUCUACGAGGUUAUGUACUCCGUGGAUCAGUUCGAUCAUCUCUGGACAGAGGGACAGGGAGAGCAGCCGUUUGUAUUUUCGAAUGGCGACCCAACCGGAUAUGGCCACCACGGCGACUUCCUCAACGGCUGGGACAUCGCCCUCCUGCAAAAGGCCAUUGACACCUGCGGCGACGAGACAGGAGGAGAUAUCCAGAAGUGCGAGGCGUUCAAGCCAUAUCUUCAAGAUGCCAAAGAACAGAACAAGUGCAGCAAGAAGGCAGCAGUCCACGAGGAGGUGUCGGGCACCCUGAGCAAACUUCCUGGCUGCAAUCCAAUCCAGAAUGGGCCGGAGAAGGCCAUGCCACAAAAGUGUUGA